CUGCGACUGCGACAGCUUCAACUUGAGCAGCUCUUCAUCUCUCCACCUGCUACGAUUAACUGCUUGCGACAUGUGCUCAGCAUAGCAGCAUUGGAUGCGCCGCAAUGUGGACGUACAUGAUGGCUGCCGCCCGCGGAGAUCGGGUCAACACAAUGAUGUCCAGCAGACGCCGCCCCGAGACCGAAUCACCCAAAUACGGUUACAACCUCUCCCGUCCGAUGUAUCGUACCACGCGUUUUGUUGGCCCCGCUGCCUCGGCACCCGCUCAGUUGCCCUACGGCAGCGGAGGCGGCGGCAGCAGCAGCACCAGUUCCAGCUGCAACACAGCUCAGCCGUUGCCCAUGGCGCACGAGGAGCUCGAGAUCAGCGGCGGCCUGUAUGCGCCCUUCCAGCCGACGCUGGCGGCUGUCAGCAUGGAUGGCGUUUGCCUGCCCCGCAAGCAUUUAAUUGCCAACCAAACGGCGAUACCCAUGGGUCCAGACAGCGAUGAGCUGGAGGAGCAGCAGCUACACUAUCCACGCAGCAGCUGCAGCAGCAGCGGCUGGCUGCCUAGGCAACGCAUUGAAUUAGACGUCAACCAAGAUGACGAUGACGAUGACGCUGACGACGAUGAGGAUGUGGAUGAUGAUAAUGAUGAUGUGGAGAUGGCGGCGGCAGUUGGGCGUGAGAAUGGGUUUGCUGACGCACGUGGCAAAGACAACCAGGAAGAGGCGAUUGCCCCUGCCGACCAGAGAUCCACACAGCCGCGUGCCAACGAUGCCAACUAUCUGGAAAAUGGCAGGAAACUGAUACAAGAGCCGAACAAACGGAGCAAACCCUCAGCGUUGAGGCGAACGCUGCAGGCGUUGCGGCAGCGUCUAACGAAACGGAGUCGCGCCAAGCCGCCCGAUUGGUUCCUCGAGAAGUUCUCCAAUACCAGCAACACGGACAAAAUAGGCAAAACUGGCGCCAUGGACGACGCGGCGCUGUCCAGUGAAAUCCGUGGCAGCAGCGCGCUCUGCAAUCACCUCUCCGUGGAUCCCACGCUCCAGUCACACUACAGGUGGCUCGCCGUGGUGUCUCUGGCGGUGCUCUAUAAUAUCAUAUUUGUGGUGGGACGCUCCGUGUUCUGGGAGAUCAACAAGAAUGCGCCCGCCGUUUGGUAUACGCUGGAUUACCUAUGCGAUUUCAUUUACCUGCUGGAUACGCUGGUGCACAUGCAUGAGGGCUUUCUGGACCAGGGUCUGUUGGUGCGCGAUGCUUUCCGGCUGCGUCGCCAUUAUUUUCACACUAAGGGCUGGUAUCUGGACGUGCUGUCCAUGCUGCCAACGGAUCUGGCAUAUAUCUGGUGGCCGCCGGAGACAUGCUCCAGCCUGUAUCUGCCCUGUCCGGUGAUUGUGCGCCUGAAUCGCCUGCUGCGCCUGCCCCGCCUCUGGGAGUGGUUCGAUCGCACGGAAACGGCCACCGGCUAUCCGAAUGCAUUUCGCAUCUGCAAGGUGGUGCUGGCCAUUCUGGUGCUGAUCCAUUGGAAUGCCUGCAUGUACUUUGCCAUUAGCUACGAAAUAGGUUUCAGCUCCGAUUCCUGGGUCUACAACUUGAAUGGCACGCGGAACAAUACGCUGCAGCGCCAAUAUAUCUACAGCUUCUACUGGUCCACGCUGACGCUGACGACAAUUGGGGAGACGCCGACGCCGGAGAAUGAUGUCGAAUAUUUGUUUGUGGUCGCCGACUUUCUCGCCGGCGUGCUCAUCUUCGCCACCAUUGUGGGCAACAUCGGUUCCAUGAUAUCCAACAUGAAUGUUGCGCGCGUCGAGUUCCAGAACCGCAUGGAUGGCGUCAAGCAGUAUAUGGCCUUUCGGCGCGUGGGCCAUGAGCUGGAGGCGCGAGUGAUACGCUGGUUUGCGUACACCUGGUCGCAGAGCGGCGCCCUGGAUGAGGAGCGCGUGCUGGCGGCACUGCCGGACAAGCUGAAGGCGGAGAUAGCUAUACAGGUGCACAUGGAUACGCUAAAGCAGGUGCGCAUCUUCCACGACACAGAGCCGGGUCUGCUGGAGGCGUUGGUGCUCAAGCUGAAGCUGCAGGUCUUCAGUCCCGGCGACUACAUUUGCCGCAAAGGCGACGUCGGCAAGGAGAUGUACAUUGUGAAGCGCGGCAAGCUGUCCGUGGUGGGUGACAAUGGCGUUACGGUGCUGGCCACGCUGGGCGCUGGCUCGGUCUUUGGCGAGGUCUCGGUGCUGGAGAUUGCCGGCAAUCGCACGGGCAACCGACGCACGGCCAAUGUGCGCUCGCUGGGCUACUCGGAUCUCUUUUGCCUGGCCAAACGUGACUUGUGGGAGACGCUGGCCGACUAUCCGGAGGCGCGGUCCACGCUCACACAGCGUGGCUGUCAGCUGCUGCGCAAGGACGGGCUGCUCGAUGAGCAGAUCUUUGCGGAUUCGCAGCGCGUGCACGACAGCAUCGAGGGCGGCAUCGAGAAACUGGAGCUGUCCGUCGAGAACUUGAACAUGCGACUGGCCCGCCUGCUUGCCGAGUACACGGCCAGCCAGGCCAAAAUCAAACAGCGCCUGGCCAAGCUGGAGCUCAACGGUGCCGCUGGUGGCUCCGGUGGGCGGGAGGCGGAGCCGCAGAUGCGCUCACGCAGCGGUCGCCUGUAUUCCCUGCAGACCAAGCGGCGCCCACGUGCGCGCCUCGAAUCGGCUGCCAAAUGCGGCGAGGCGGCCAAACAGAAUACGCUCUAAGGCGGCGGCGACGCCGGGCGCCCGAGCAGGGACAUCCGCAUGGCGACAUUCCAAAUGUCGCCUAUUCCAUAUGCCUGCGUUUCCCGCUCUGCUGAAUGAUGGUGAUAAAUGCAUUAAGCUUGACGGAGUUACGAGUCUGGAGAAUCAUGCUGAAGAUUAAAAAGUUGCUACCGAGUGGCUUGUGGUUGGGACUGGGGCUGGAGCUGGGACUGUGGCUGGGACUGUGGCUGGGGUUGGGGAAGGUUUGCUGCGACUUGGCUGGGCGCCAACUCGACGCGUGCGCGUGUAAAUCAAUUUUUAAUUUUUACAAUUAGUUUUAGGACGCGCCAAAGCAAGGGGUUUUUAGGCAGGUGCAGGGGGGGAGGGGUUGGAGAAUGUUUGUCAGCGAGAGU